CCCGCGCGCGCCUCGUGGCCGUGGGGGCCGCCGCCGCGCCCCGCUGCUGCUCCCCCAGGUGAGGCGAGGGAGGCGUUUGGGUGGUGGUGCUCGCGGUCGUUGCAGCUGCUGACGCGGAGGGGCCGGACGAGGAGGGCGGCGGCGGUGUACCCCAAGAUGGCGCGGCCGCCGAUCCUGUCCGUCGCGCUGCCGUCCGACACCGGCCGCGUGCUCAGCAUCCAGUCCCACACCGUACAGGGGUAUGUUGGCAACAAAUCGGCUGUCUUUCCCCUGCAACUCCUUGGCUUUGAUGUGGAUCCAAUAAACUCUGUACAGUUUUCUAAUCAUACAGGAUACCCAACAUUUAGAGGUCAGGUUCUCGAUGGCAAACAGCUCUGGGACCUUAUUGAAGGACUGGAGGAAAAUCAGUUGCUUCAUUAUACCCAUUUAUUAACAGGUUAUAUAGGCUCAGUUUCCUUUCUAGAGACUGUGCUACAAGUUGUUGACAAAUUACGAUCAGUCAAUCCUGAUCUUUUAUAUGUUUGCGACCCAGUUCUAGGUGACGAAGGAAAACUAUACGUUCCUCAGGAGCUAAUAUCUGUUUAUCAACAGAAGGUUGUUCCAGUUGCUUCGAUGCUUACACCUAACCAAUUUGAAGUUGAACUACUUACUGGAUUGAGGAUCACCUCCGAACAAGAUGGCUUGACAGCUUGUAAUACCCUCCACAGUGCCGGACCACGGAAGGUGGUUAUAACUAGUGCACUUAUUGAAGGCAAGCUGCUCCUUAUCGGAAGUCACAAAAAAACAGAGGAACAACCGCCGGAACAAUUUAAGAUUGAGAUACCAAAGAUACCUGCAUAUUUCACGGGAACUGGAGAUUUAAUGACUGCUCUCCUACUAGGAUGGAGUAAUAAAUAUCCUGAUAACCUCGAGAAAGCGGCAGAACUGGCAGUUUCCAGUUUGCAGGCACUUCUGAAAAGAACUGUGGAAGACUAUAAGAUGGCCGGCUUCGACCCAUCGACCAGCAGCUUGGAGAUCCGGCUGAUCCAAAGCCAGGACGAGAUCCGAAACCCAUCCAUUACAUGCAAGGCUGUGAAGUAUGGAAGCUGAAUCCAUAGUACACCCCUGACUAAGCUGCCAACAAUAAUGAGCCGUGCCUGGACCGCCCAUAAGCGCCUGUACCUACUUCCAUGACUCUUGGGCUUCAGUUUUGGGAUACUGAUUCUGUUACACCUUAGCUCUGAAAUGAGAAACAAUCAGAUUUCUGGGAAGAUGAAUAAUAGGUGCAGGCUGUGCGGUUGUUGCAGUCUGUGAGAAUGCGGUGGUGGCCGUGACUGAGAUUGUAAAUGGUUGGUGCAUCCUUUGCAUGCAGAAUGAAUGAACAGCCGCAUUGUUGUUGUUGCCAUCGUUGUUGGUUGUUGUUUUGGCAUUGGGGUUGUGGUGGUUAGUUGAUGAACUCUGGGUCGGGGGCUUGUCUGUGGCAUCUUGGUUGAUCUUUUAGAACUUUCAGAACUUGCAUGGUUGGUUCUUGGUUGGAAGCUACUGAGAUAUCCUGUAUUCCUGUCCAGUGUCCAGUCCGGUUACAGUUACAACUACUGAGGUAGUGCUGUUACCUCUGUAGGAGUACUGCAUAGCCAUAGCCGGAACCGGAAUCCUUUGCUGAAAGUAGCAGCAGACAUGAGAUAUUGAGAUGUCAUAUAUAGAAUAUUGGAAUU